AUGGGGCCUCGGAGAGCGUUUUGCCCCAUUAGUGCUCAGCCUGUCCUCGUGCCAACGGCCAUGAGAAGGAACCGCAGGAUGGAGGCCAGCCAGCGCUGGAUCGGAAAGCCUCCCCGAGGAGCCCUGGUGUUGGAUUACAACUACGGAUGCUGCCUCUUUGAUGCCUUCGUCUUCGUUCUCUGCAUUGCAAACCUUGUCAAGUCGCUUCACCGGUACUCGCCCCCGGUUCCUUUAAAAAGUGGCGUGGGCAUCAUCCUCCUGGCCGGCCAGCUCCACGGAGAAGCACAGUGUCUCGGAGACAGCGUGGCCAUUGCUGAUUUCUGGCCCUUUCAGGCCUGGCGCGUUAUUGCUCACCACCUGCAAUCUCUCGCCAUCAGUUUUGCUUUUUGUUCACCGUAUCGCGAGCUUAACUCGGUCUGUUUCCUUUUUCAGUUUGUCGCUGACGGUAUCUUCAAAGCUGAGCUGAAUGAGUUUCUGACUCGUGAACUGGCUGAAGAUGGGUACUCCGGAGUAGAAGUCCGGGUCACUCCAACCAGGACUGAGAUUAUCAUACUUGCCACCAGAACUCAGAAUGUCCUGGGUGAGAAGGGGCGCCGCAUCCGGGAGCUGACGGCUGUCGUGCAGAAGAGGUUUGGAUUCCCUGAGGGAAAUGUUGAGCUCUAUGCUGAGAAGGUGGCCACGAGAGGUUUGUGCGCAAUCGCCCAGGCAGAGUCCCUGCGGUACAAGCUUCUGGGAGGUUUAGCAGUGCGUCGAGCCUGCUAUGGUGUCCUCCGCUUCAUCAUGGAGAGCGGCGCCAAGGGUUGUGAGGUGGUUGUGUCUGGCAAACUCAGAGGUCAGCGUGCCAAGUCCAUGAAGUUUGUGGAUGGCUUGAUGAUCCACAGUGGAGACCCGGUGAAUUACUACGUCGACACGGCCGUGCGUCACGUCCUUCUCCGGCAGGGAGUACUGGGGAUCAAAGUAAAAAUUAUGUUGCCCUGGGACCCAAGUGGGAAGAUUGGCCCCAAAAAGCCUCUGCCAGACCAUGUCAGCAUUGUGGAACCCAAAGAAGAGAUCUUGCCCACCACCCCCAUUUCAGAGCAGAAAGGUGGCAAACCAGAACAGCCAGCCAUGCCUCAGCCGGUUCCCACUGCCUGAGGGGGUUUGUAUCUGCAACCAGAAGCUUGACUGUCCUGAAAACAUCUCUUAAUAAAAUCACAAAAGACAGUG